UCAGUAAGUCAAACAUGUUCCACUAACGGGCUAUAUGCUGCUAUUUGCAGUUUGCUGUAGCCAGGCGUCAGAGUGAGCCUGAGCAGAAACCUGCAGCGAUGUUUCUUCGUCUUCUUCCUCUGUGAUGGAAACGGUCUAAUGAGAAGGGAUGGCAUCUUCCAAGCUGCAAACAAAUGAGAGAGAUCUAACCUUCACCAGCACUACCUUAAAGACAAAACAUUCAUCUGUCCCCGAGCUCUAAGACGACAGAGGAUGGCAGGAUGUGUAAGGAUGAACACACUGAUGGGACGUCCUCAAGGGUUACAUGUGAGGCUGCUGGCUGUGUGUGUGAUACUAAGCUGGCUUGGCCUUAGAGACCAUUUGGGGGUCUAUGCCCAGAACACUGAGAGGAGGGUAUUGGCUCACAUCCCCGGGGACAUCAUCAUAGGAGCUCUUUUCUCAGUCCACCACCAACCACCUGCAGACAAGGUUCAUGAGCGAAAGUGUGGUGCAGUGCGAGAGCAGUACGGGAUCCAGAGAGUGGAGGCCAUGAUGCACACUCUGGAUCGAAUCAAUGCAGACCCUUCUAUCCUCCCCAACAUCACUCUGGGCUGUGAGAUCAGGGACUCGUGCUGGCACUCUGCUGUGGCACUGGAGCAGAGCAUCGAGUUCAUCCGGGACACGCUCGUGUCGAACGAAGAGGAGGAGAACCAGGGCAAGUGCACUGCAGAGCAAGGGAGCAUGCUGCUGCAGGGGAAGAAGCCCAUCGUGGGCCUGAUUGGACCAGGGUCCAGCUCUGUGGCCAUCCAGGUGCAAAAUCUCCUCCAGCUCUUUAACAUCCCACAGAUAGCGUACUCGGCCACGAGCAUGGACCUCAGUGACAAGAGUCUGUAUAAAUAUUUCAUGAGGGUGGUGCCAUCAGAUAUGCAACAGGCCAGAGCCAUGGUGGACAUCGUCAAGAGAUACAACUGGAGCUACGUGUCUGCUAUACACACAGAGGGUAAUUAUGGAGAGAGUGGUAUGGAGGCUUUUAAAGACAUGGCAGCAAAGGAGGGGAUCUGCAUCGCCCACUCUGAUAAGAUAUAUAGCAACGCAGGGGAACAGGGUUUCGAUAAGCUGUUGCAAAAGCUGCGAGUCCAUCUGCCCAAAGCCAGGGUGGUGGCCUGCUUCUGCGAGGGCAUGACUGUCAGAGGCAUACUGAUGGCCAUGAGACGACAGCGCCUGGUGGGGGAGUUUCUGCUGGUUGGCAGUGAUGGCUGGGCGGACAGGUAUGAUGUCACGGAUGGUUUCCAAAAGGAGGCAGCAGGUGGAAUCACUAUAAAGCUAAAGUCAGCGUAUGUGACCUGGUUUGAUGAUUAUUACCUGAACCUGAAACCCGACUCCAACCUGAGGAAUCCCUGGUAUCCUGAGUUCUGGCAGCAUCGCUUCCAGUGCAGGCUGAGGGGACAUCCACAGGAGAGCAACAUAUUCAACCGCACCUGCACCUGGAGGGAGUCGCUGCGCCAUCAGUACGCCCAAGACACCAAGAUGGGCUUUGUGAUAAACGCCAUUUAUUCCAUGGCUUAUGGCCUGCAUGCUAUGCAGCAAACCCUCUGUCCAGGAUAUAAGGGUUUGUGUGAAGACAUGAGACCCAUUGAUGGUCGAAAACUGCUGGAAUUCCUGAUGAAAACCAACUUCACUGGUGUAUCUGGGGAGGCCAUCCUCUUCGACGAGAACGGAGACUCACCUGGCAGGUACGAAAUCAUGAACUUCAAGCACAUUGGUGAGGAAGAAUACGCUUACAUCCAUGUGGGAAGCUGGGAUCAGGGUGGCCUGAAAAUGAACGAUGAGGAAAUCUGGAGUAAUGAAAGUGAAGUCAUCAUGUCAGUCUGCUCUGAACCCUGCCAGAAGGCACAGAUAAAGGUGAUCCGUAAAGGAGAGGUGAGCUGCUGUUGGACCUGCACUCCCUGCAAGGACAACGAGUUUGUGUUUGAUGAGUACACAUGUCGAGCGUGUCUCCUCGGCUCCUGGCCCACAGACGACCUCACUGGUUGUGAGCCUAUCCCGGUGCAAUACGUGCAAUGGGGGGAUCCAGAGCCCAUCGCUGCGGUGGUCUUUGCCUGUCUGGGGCUCCUGGCCACACUUUUUGUUACUUCCGUCUUUAUCAAGUUUUGGGACACCCCUGUGGUAAAGUCUUCCAGCCGUGAGCUCUGCUACAUCAUCCUGGCUGGAAUAUGUUUGGGCUACCUGUGCACGUUCAGCCUUAUCGCCAAGCCUCACAUAGUCUACUGCUACCUGCAGCGCCUGGGAAUCGGCCUGUCACCUGCCAUGAGCUACUCUGCCUUGGUCACUAAGACCAACCGAAUAGCACGGAUCCUGGCAGGCAGCAAGAAGAAGAUCUGCACCAAGAAACCGCGCUUUAUGUCCGCCUGCGCACAAUUGGUCAUCGCCUUCCUACUCAUACUGCUGCAGCUUGGGAUUAUUGUGGCACUUCUCAUCAUAGAGCCACCACAGGUGAUCUAUGACUACCCAAGUAUCCGAGAGGUCCACUUGAUCUGCAAUAUGACCACUCUGGGGGUGGUGGCGCCUCUGGGCUAUAAUGGCCUGCUUAUCCUCAGCUGCACCUUCUACGCCUUCAAGACUCGGAAUGUUCCGGCUAACUUUAACGAGGCAAAGUAUAUUGCCUUUACCAUGUACACCACCUGUAUCAUCUGGCUGGCUUUUGUUCCUAUUUACUUUGGCUCCAACUACAAGAUCAUAACCAUGUGCUUUAGUGUCAGCCUCAGUGCCACGGUUGCUCUCUGCUGCAUGUUUGUUCCAAAGGUGUACAUCAUGCUUGCCAAGCCUGAGAAAAAUGUCCGGAGUGCUUUCACAACAUCCACAGUGGUGCGCAUGCACGUAGGUGACGCCAAGAAGGCUGCCAAGACCGGCAAAUCCUCCAGCAGCAUGGCCAACUUCUUUAGACGCAGUGGGUCAGCGCAGGAUGAUGUCAGCGCCAAUGGUAAAUCUGUGACAUGGGGGCAGAAUGAGCAGAGGCACAGACCCAAUCUUUGGAAGAGGAUGUCGUUCCAUGUCAAGAAGAAAGAAGCAGUGGAGGUGAAUCAGACGGCGAUCAUAAAGCCCUUCUCUAAAGGUGGAGACACGCCUGCAGACACAGGUGUCAUAGAGCAGUAUGAAGAGCCACAGCCAUCUCAGCCCUGCUUCCAGCCAGGAGAGGACCGAGAGGAACCGUUACCCACCUACGUCCCCGAGCAUCCCGCAGAGGUGAGGAGAAGAGGCGGGGAAAACGGCCAGGGCGUCGGCAUGGUGGACGGCGGGGACAUAAGCGUCAUAGGCGUGGGCGACAUCGGCAUGGGGAUGAUCGGCGGCCAACCCCAGGGCACCACCAUCAUGGACCAAAUCAGCUGCGUAGUUAACCGCUUCACCGCCAACAUCAGUGAGCUGAACACCAUGAUGCUGCCGGGGGGAGUCACCGUUAGCGCCGCUACCACGACACCUCAGCCCCCUGCCCCAGACGCAGCCAACUGCCCACCACAGUACCUCGCAUCCAGGGGCAGGCAAGCUCCUUCCACAGUCACCACGUAUGCCGAGGUCGCUCCAGUUUCUAAUUACUGCGAGAACAGACCAGCAGGUAAGAUUUAUGAGCAUCUGAGUAGCAGGAGAGCAAAGGAUAUGGAGGAGCUGGUGGCUCUGACGCCUCCGUCACCAUUUAGAGACUCAUCUUUAAGCUCUGACAGCAGCUCAACCCACUCAAUGUCGCCGGCCUCUGAGGCUGAAUAUGACCAACUAUUGCUGAGACACUACAGCCAGAGCUCUUCCUCUCUUUAAAUCAUCGCUCUGCUCUUUUUUUGUCCUCGUCGUUUCUCCUUCAUUUGGAUUAUUUCAUGAAAAAGUACAAGCUUCGGACUCGACCAAACUCUUGGAUGCCUUUCUCCGUGUGGAUAUUCUGAAUAUUUAAGCAUUUUUGUCUUACUUGAUACACCUACACAUGCCUCCAAAGUAGAGGGACGAGAGAGAAAUACAAGACUGCAAAGGGUCAAUGUUGAAUAUAUUAUCAAUGUCAGCGCUUCAUCUUUUGUCACUGGAACGGAAACAUCACACGGGCAUUUUAAUGACAUUUCAGAGAGGUUUCUGACUGGUUUAAAACUUUCAAAGUUCCAAAGAAGUACUGAUGAGACUAUGUCAUUUUAAAAUGAUUAUUAAACAUAAGAAGAGGGGGUUGAUGGAGUUGUUAUAAGAAAUUUUCUGGGGGAGGUUUGCUCAUAUUUGUAAUAUUAGAAUGGCAUUUUCUUUUUUGAGGUAAGGCAUUAGAUGACUAAGGAUCUUUUUCUAUGAUUUGUUGAUUAAAUGCGAUUAGUGGUUUGUUUUUCUUGCUCAUACCACAGUAUUUCUGUUGGCUCUCAGUAUAUUGUCACUUUUUGUUUUGUUGUAAACUGCCAUUAUCUUAAACACUUUGAAACAUAGAUGGAUGCAGAUGGUAUUCACUCUGUAUCAGUAUCUGUCCAGGGGGGGAAAAACACUCAAAUAACUUUGCCUGUGCCCUUUUUUCCUUCCCUUUAGGCGAGCAUUUUGUAUUGUGAUGCUAAAGGAGGAAGUGUAUAGAUGCUUGAAUUUUCAAAGCAAGAGGCAGGUUGAGAGGAAAUGACUCAAUGACAUUUCAAGCAGAAUAUUUACUGAGAACAAAACCACUUAUAUAGAGGACAGUACAUCCGAGGGGAACUUAAAACAAUGUCUCAAUGGACACAACAUCAGGUGUUUAUACCCACAAAGACCUUAUGGACUAUUUGGAUGUUUUAUUGAAUUAUUUAUGAUGUGACUUAUUUGAAUGUACCAUAACUUGUCUUUUGAAGUGGACCAAACUGAUCUUCCACCUCAGGAUUUGUCUGAACCAAAAUACUCUCUGACGUCAGCUCCUACCUGCCAAACGAGCACCACUCUCUGUUUCCAGUUUGCAUGAUGUCAACAUUUGUUUGCACUCUUUAGUGUAAUACUCUUUGAUAUUUUACACGUCAGGCCUAUUAAGAUUAAUAGAUACGGUAGCAAUGUUAUUCUAUAUGAGUGGUAUUUAUAUGUUUUUCAUAGACGUUUUAUGGAGAGGAGGGAACUGGAAGUAUGUAACAAUUUUCAAGCGUUUAUUGCAAAAAAAAAAAAAAAAAAAAAGCUUGUUUUCAGCCUGGCUUUUUACCUAGACACUGUACGUGCCAAUAUCUCUCUGGACAAUUGCCAUAUUUGCAUGCAGGUUAGUGCCUCCUGAAAUGUAAGCCAACAGUUAUCUACAGCAGACAUUCGUCUUAUUCUUAUGUCUCCAUUCGCCUUUCAGAAACUUCAAAUUUAUUAUUUAGUAAAUCAAAAGUCCAUGGCAAACUGAAAAUAAUUUUACUAUAUUUCAUUGUGAGCGAACAACGCCAGUGGGUAAAUGGUCACAUGACCAUUUGUAUUUAAAGCACCUGUGUAUGCCCUGUGAUUGUGCUGGGCGAACCUGAGGAAGCUACAGGCCAAACUCGUUGUUCGCUCACAAUAAAAUAUAGUAAAGUUAUUUUCAGUGUGCCACAGAGUAUUUAUUUUUUGUGGUUUGUUCCUGCAACCGCGCGCACCUGAGAACGUGUUUAGGCUGUGCAUGGGGGUACCCUGUUGGCCAUUUAGAUAACAUUUAUUAUUUAGAUUUGUGUCUCAUUAUAUCCUGUAAAACCGUCUUUUUUACAAUAAUCUGUAAUUUAUUGUAAAUGCUACUUUUUCAUUGUAGGAACACUUUGAUCACAAUACAUGAAUUUCUUCACGCAGUUUUAGAAAAAAGAAACACUUUAUGUCACUUUACAUAUUUAUAUGUUUUUCAUCUUAGUUUUGAUGGGAGAGAGGAUUUCAAGCAUUAAUUGCUGGGGAAAAAACAGCUUGUUUCCAGCUUGGCUUUUGACCUACACACUACACACUGUAUGUGUCAAUAUCUCCCUGCUGUAAGUUACAUUGUGUUUUAUUAGGCACAGUAUUUUACUGUGAGCCCAUUGUGAUUCUCUAAAGCAUUUCAGCCAUUCUUUUAAUAUAUUUCAUGAGAUUUUUCUUAUGCAUGCACUUAUUCACUAAAUAUUCUUUUCCUGUA